ACAGCUUCUCCCUGCUACUAUAAAUAGCAUCUUCCAGGCCUUUCUCCUGCAUUUGAGGAACCAACUUGGAAGAGUGAGCAUUACUCAGAAGUUUUUCUGUUGUGAGUUUGUCCAAAGCUUUGCAAUGAACAAACCUAAAAUUGUUAGACCAGAGGAGAGUCAGCCAGCACAUGCGGUGUGGUUUGACAGGAAAAAAUAUGUCACGAUCAAUUUCAAGGUGCAGAAACCUAAAGAUGUCCAAGUAGACAUCCAGACAGACAAAAUGACUUUGUGCUGCAAGAAUGACACAGAUGAUGUGAUUUACAAUGAACUCCACUUCUAUGAAAAAGUCCAAAUCCAUGACUCUAGGGAAAGAGUCUAUGAUCGCAGCAUCAAUGUCUUGUUAAGGAAAAUAAAGCCUGAUUAUGCAUGGCCUCGUCUUCAGAAGGAUCCAGAAAAGCCCAGUUGGAUUGCUGUGGACUUUGAUAACUGGAGGGAUUGGGAGAAUGAAGAAGAUGAUGGAAGGGAAGAAUAUGAAAAAUACGUAGAUAUGAUCCAGGACAUGGCCAGCACUAAUAAAGGAGCAGCACCAGACAUGGGGGAUCUUAGUGAUUCUGACUGACAUGGCCUACGAUGCGUCGGAAACCGAACUUCUGAGUUGAUUCAUCAUCAUCAUACAAACAAUAACACUAUGAAAUGCUUGUGAGUCUGUGAACAAUUUACAAAUAUGAAAUUCCAGUGUUAUAUAUUCAUUGGUUGUGUUUUUAACAUGUAGUAUAUCAUUGUCAAUUGUAAUUGUGUUUUUAAACUGUUCAUGUAAUUUUUAAGUAAUUAUUUUCUUCAAUGUAUGAAGUACUAAUAAAUCAUUGUCAAUUUAAAUAAAAA